CAAUGGUUGGCACUUGCAACGACUAUCAUUCGACCAUGACCGACUUUCCUGCUUUGACCGGUUUUUACAAAUUUUUAUUUCUCUACUUGGAGCCCAUGUCGACGAUGAUACCUGCAGUCAUGAUUCUCACCUUCCCGGGUGCGGCUUGGUUCUAUCACGAACUGAUUCCGACAUCUGCUCCUGAACCCUUAGAAGCUCUCGAUGCUCGUUCAAAGCUUGCAGUGUGGCAGCUUGGAAAUUGCUACUUGCUUCUGGGCAUGAUAUCCACGGUGGUGUUUCGCACCAUCAGGAACGCAGUUCCUCAAGACCCACAGUUACAAGAACGACUUGUUGGAUCGCUCUUGUUUUGUUUGGCCGUCGCGGACUUAUCUCAUAUCUUCACCUCGUUCCUUGGCAUUGGUGAAGAAAUGAGGUUUAAUCCUGCUGCCUGGAAUGCAACCACGCAUGGUAAUAUCACGUUUACUUGGUUCUUAUUCUCGGUCAGAGCUUCAUGGUUCAUGGGUAUCGGUCGUCAGCGAUUCUACUAUGGGCAGUCCGGAAAUAAAAAGAGUAAAAAACAAGUCUAAUCUCCAGGACCCUCGAUACAAUGCAGUUAAAAUUUGAAUGGGGGUAUAUGCUUUAUAGCGGCAAUCCACCUGUGACUGCAAUGAGAUCAUGGAUACAGAGCGGGAAAACAUUGGACCUACUGGCUACAAAUAAAUAAUGGU